GUGCGACUCCUAGCACAUAAGAGCUACCGGGUGCCAUUUCUCAGUCUUAGCCGAUCUAUCUUGUCACCUUCAUAUUGCAAAAUAAAUUCCAUAAGCCUACCUGUCAGUCGCAUUGAAUUGGUGAACUGUAGGAUCGUUCCUCUAGACCAGCACCUUGUUGUCACUUAAAAUAGCAUAUAUCAAAAUGCCGUCCGCAACGCUGUCCAUGCGUACCGCACGGGCGUACACCAAACAUAGCAACCAUGCCAUCCUCUUUGCUCGCACGUUUGCGUCGACUUCCAGGAGGGCUGAUAUCAACAAGGUUCUCCCAUCUGCCGCUGAAGCCAUCAAGGACAUGAAGGCGAACUCCACCCUCCUCUGUGGUGGUUUUGGACUCUGCGGUGUUCCAGAUACCCUGAUCGACGAGGUGUUGAAGAACAAGCACAUCUCGGGCCUGACAGCCGUCUCCAACAAUGCUGGAACCGACAACUCGGGUUUGGGCAAGCUCCUAAAGUCGAAACAAAUCAAGAAGAUGGUUGCAAGUUAUAUUGGCGAGAACAAGACAUUCGAAACCAUGUAUCUCAGUGGCGAGGUUGAGCUGGAACUUACCCCACAAGGAACACUUGCAGAGCGUUGUGCCGCUGGUGGCAAGGGCAUUCCAGCUUUCUAUACCCCAGCUGCUUUUGGGACCGUUGUCCAAACCGGAGAGCUGCCACUUCGCCACAACCCAGGUGGUACUCCAAAGGAGUAUUCUUACCCUAAAGAUGUUAAGGUCUUCGAUGGGAAGUCAUACCUCUUGGAGGAGAGCAUUAAGGGUGACUACGCCUUCGUCAAGGCCUGGAAGGCCGAUAAGCUCGGUAACUGCCAGUUCAGACUCACUGCAAACAACUUCAACGGUGCUAUGGGACGUAACGCAAAGAUGACCAUUGUCGAGGCCGAGCAUAUCGUCGAGCCAGGGGAGAUUGCCCCGGAAGCUGUCCAUCUCCCAGGUAUCUACGUCAAGCGCGUUAUUCAGUCUACCUCAGAGAAGCAGAUCGAGAAAUAUACCUUCAAGAAGGAAGAGAACGAAGGCGAAGAGGGCGCCAAGAAGGCACUUGGAAGCGGCGAGGCAGCAGCGAAGAGAGAGAGAAUCGUAAGAAGAGCUGCGAAGGAGUUCAAGAACGGAAUGUACGCCAACCUCGGCAUCGGCAUGCCCAUGCUCGCCCCAGCCUUUGUCGGCCCAGAAGUCGAGGUCCAGUUGCAGUCUGAGAACGGAAUCCUUGGCCUUGGCCCAUACCCAGUGAAGGGCAUGGAAGAUGCGGAUCUCAUUAAUGCCGGAAAGGAGACCGUCACUCUGAACCCUGGUGCGGCUGUGUUCGGAAGCGAAGAGUCGUUUGGAAUGAUCAGAAGCGGCCGUGUCAACCUGACCAUCCUUGGUGCUAUGCAAGUCAGCGCAUCUGGAGAUCUGGCCAACUGGAUGUUGCCAGGUAAGAUAAAGGGAUUUGGAGGUGCUAUGGACUUGGUGAGCAACCCAGGGAUGACCAAGGUUGUGGUCACGAUGGAGCACACCGAUAAGAAGGGCAACGCCAAGAUAGUCAACCAGUGCGCGUUCCCAUUGACCGGGAAGGCCUGUGUUUCCAGGAUCAUCACCGAACUCGGUGUGUUUGAUGUCGACUUCGCAACGGGUUUGACUCUGAUCGAGCAUGCGGAUGGCGUAACAGUCGAGGAGAUCAGGUCGAGGACGGGGGCACCAUUCAAGGUUGCGGAUGAUCUGAAGCCAAUGUUAUAAGUGAUCUAGCAUGCGGCAUAUUUUGUUAUUUUGUUAUAGGGGGGCGUUCUUGCAUCUAGCUAUCUGUACAGUACUAAGUUACAGGAUGAGCGGUUUAUAGUACUAGAGAUUGACUGAAGUUGUGGUGUGGUGUUGGUGUCGAUUUCAAUUUUCCAGUAACUUAUAAUAUAAUAAUAUCCGAC